AUGGGGCUGGGGAAGCUGUUUCGGGGCCUGGGCGGGGGCAAGGGGGCCGCGGGGCGCGAGGACAAGGGGGCGCCCGAGGAAGACACGGUGGUGCCAGUCGACGUGCCCGCGCGGCGGCGAGGCGUCAUCGACGUCCGGCGGAGCAUCUCCGAGCCGCAGUUGAAUGUGCGGCGCGUCGUGGACGGCCCAUCGCGGCCUGAGGACGCGGGCGCAGCCGCUCCUUCCAUGCAUGGGGGGCGGGAGCGGGGCGGGCUCCAGGACGGCUCGAAGACUCUCAUCGAGCGCGGAACCGUGCACAGGAAAGAUUUGGGGAGGAUGGUUCCGCAAGUCGUCCGCCCCAAUUACGUCAUCAACCGCUCGUACUCGGUCCUCACGGGCGAACCGUGCGUGGUCAAGGUGUACGGGAAGGCGGCCCUGCAGCCGAGCGAGCUGCUCGACGCCCGCGCCGAAGUGGCCAACCUCCGCAAGUUGAAGGACGCGAGGUACCUGCUGAAGUACCUGGGCGACUGGGAGACGGAUCAGAGCCUGGCGCUCGUGCUCGAGCAAUACGGACAAGGCACGCUCGCGCAAGCCCUCGACCAGGCGCCCGCGAAGGCCUCCGGGCAAGUCGUUCGCCACCUAUGGACGAGGAUAGAGAGCGAGGAGGCAUUCGUGGAGCGCGUGGCAAUCCCCCUGCUCAUGGCCCUCGUGGAGAUGCACAGCCAGAAUAUCUGCCAUCGGCGCAUCGACCCCGAGCACCUCUUCUUCUCGACCGACGGCGUCGUCAAGGUGGCUGGCAUGGGCAGCGCGAUGGACCUCGCGAGCGACCGCGCGGUGAGCAGGAUCGGCAAGGAGGGCUACAUCGCUCCGGAAGUGGCGAACAAGCCGACCCUGGAGGACAUCUUCCACGCGUGCGUGUUCAACGGCGUCUCGGAGGAGCAGCUCGAGAGCUACGACGAGCAGUGCGACGUCUGGUCGUACGGCAGGGUCCUCCUCGAGUGCCUCCUCGUCAUCGAGGAGCGCUCCAGCCACCCCUGGCCCUGCAAGGAGCCCGCCAGCGAGGACGCCGACGACGACGACGACAUCCCGCAGGAGAUGAGCGCGAAGCUCGCCCGGCUGCGCCACGUCUCGGCGACGUGCAAGUCCUACCUCCGGCGGUGCCUUCGGACGGACCCGGCGUCGCGGCCGCCCGCGUUCAACCUCGCAGCGGCACCGUGGGUCCAGAAGCACAUCAAGAUGAACGAGGAGUUCGCGAGCGUGCUCGCGCAGGCCCGGGAGAAGGCGAGCCGGCGAUCCGACGCGAAGUCGAGCACCAACAACCUGCGCGCUUCUAUGCACCGAUAUUCCAUGGAGCAUGCGCGGGCGGUGGCAGCGAAGCCCGCGACUCCGUCGCCGAAGAAGGUGCUGGAGGCCAUACCGACGUUUUCGCGCGUGCAAGCGGACUCGAGCACGGGUCAGAUGGCGGCGACGGCGAGCACGAUGUCGGACCACGGCGCGGGCGCGCAGCACGACGCCGUCGACCCGCGGUCGCACUCGACGGUGAACGCGUUCGUGCAGCGCAUCGAGGGCGCGACGUCGCUCUUCAGCUGA